AUGCUUGUUCCUACCAGUGAGAAGCCCUCAAUCUCAAAAGUUGAAUUGAUUGAUUCAAUUCAGCGCCUGGGUCUGAGAUAUCAUUUUGAAAGUGAAAUUGCAGUAGUGUUGCAGCAAACUCACAAGCACUACGUUCAAAAUGGCCAAUUAAUUCUUGACUCAGACCUAUGCUCUCUUGCUUUGCUUUUCAGAUUACUGAGGCAAGAUGGAUAUCUCAUUUCACCUGCUCGAAAGUAUAUUUCAAUCUACCAAUUACAACCUUCCCACAAUGAAGCCUUGCUAACCUUAGCAAAAUUAGAUUUCAUUGUCCUUCAAAAUCUGCAUCAGAAAGAAGUUGCAGAUGUUCGCAAGUGGUGGAACAGCUUGGAUGUGCCCGGAAAUCUAUCAUAUGCGAGAGACAGGAUUGUGGAAUGUUACUUUCGGAUUCUUGCAGUUUAUUUUGAGCCUCAAUACUCUUUAGGCAGAUUGAUACUCACCAAAGUGAUAGCCGUUUUAUCCCUUAUUGAUGAUACUUAUGAUGCUUCUGGAACCAUCGAUGAGCUGACCAUUUUCACUGAUGCACUUGAGAGGUAUAUACGGUACAUAUCAGUGUACUACAUGAAGUUACCUUACGAGGCACUGUGGAAUGUUUAUGAUGAAAUGGAUCAGUGCAUGAGGAAGGGAAUGAAGAAGGCGGCGAGAGCCUUCAUGAGAGGGGCCAAAUGGUUCAAUGAAAACUACGUGCCAACAACAGAACAGUACCUUGAGACAGCAGUGAUAACUUCUUGUUAUUCAUUGCUCUCAACAGUAUCUUUCUUUGGGUUGGGACAUCUUGCCACUGAGGACAUGUUCAAAUGGGUUACAAGUCAGCCGAAGCUUGUCAAAGUUUCUUCCCUUAUUUGCAGAGCCAUGGACGACAUUAAAAGAGGGCACGUUGUGUCUGUUCUUGACUGCUAUAUGAAGGAACAUGGUGUGACAAGGCACGAAGCCAUUGAAGAGUUUCGUAAGGUUGUUAGUAAUGCGUGGAAGAAUAUGAAUGAAGAACUCCUUAGACCUUUGGGAGUGGACAGGCCCUUUCUAAUGCCCACCUCUGAACUUAGCUCGUGUUAUGGACGGGCUUUGCAAAGAACAAGAUAA